GGCGCUCAUGUGCAGAUCGAGCAGCUGGAGGAGAGUGUGUCGUGUGACGGAGAUCAGCGAUAUUUCCAUCGAGCAGCAGCGGGAUAAACGCGUGUGUGCGGGUCUGCUGAUGAGCUCGCAGCUGAGCGUGUAGCGUGUGCCGUGAUGACUGACGUGAUGAUCAGCGCCACACCAAUGGACAACAUGAGGCUCAGUCCCAGCAAAGAACGCCUGACCUUCCAGAUCUUCCCGGAUCCCUCAGACUUCGAGCGCUGCUGUAAGCUGAAGGACCGUCUGCCGUCGAUCGUGGUGGAGCCAACGGAGGGCGAGGUGGAGAGCGGAGAGCUGCGCUGGCCUCCCGAGGAGUUCCUGGUGAGCGAGGAGGACGAGGACGAGGAAGAGUGCGACGGAAACCUGCAGAACGGACAGAUGCAGAACUCUCAGCACUAGAGAAGAUCGACUGACUGACACGAUCACACACACACACACAUAGAAUAGACAAUCACACCGACACACACAACAACUGAUCUACUCACAUCUAUUCCCACCUGUGUGUGUGUGUGAGGACAAAUGCUGAGUGUGUGUCAGACGAUUAUUCAUGAUGAUGAUGGUGUGAGUCUGUCCUGCGCUCAUUCCUGUUAUUACAUGCUUUCCUGAGUAACGCAGAUCCUCCAUUAGUGUCGUAUGUGGAUCUCACUGUAAAUAUAAUGUAGAUGAAGUAAGAUGUCUUUAGUGCUCAGUCUAAUCACUCCUGAAUCUGUAGGAGAACCGCAGCUGUCUUCCUGAAUGUGUUGCACAACUGACCGUGUCUCGUGUUCCUAUGGAUCUUUUGUCUCCAUCUGUGUUUGUGUGUCUGUAUGCACCAUCCAUCUAUCUACACACACACACACACACACACACGUGUAGAUGUCAGUGUUUGUGUCGCAGGUCUGUCACAGAAUCACUUCCUGUCUGUGCAGAGCGUGUGUUCAUCUGUAAAGACUCAGGGAGUUUGCUCUUAUGUUGUAUGUACACCGCUUCCUCUCUGACUGACAGAGGCUGUAAAUAAACAUCUGAAAGUGCUUUACA